UCCCUUCUUACUUCACACACCCACACGCACGCGCACCCAACGAGUAGCUCCAUGGUAGAAUUCACUCCUGUCGAAAAGAUUCCGGGCGUUGUGCAGGAACUCCGAAAGACCUUCGAUGAAGGCAUUACCAAGGACUUGGCUUUUCGCAAGCAACAGCUGGAAAAAAUGCUACUCUUUUUGGACGAAAAUUCAAAGCAGAUAGAACAAGCUCUGUUCAAGGACUUGCACAAACCCUCAAUUGAAAGCGUCACUGCAGAAAUUGCUCCAAUUGUGGAUGAAUGCAAGUACAUGAUCAAGAAUCUCGAACGUUUGGCGAAACCUUCACACCCAAAGAAGCGCUUUGCAUUGAAUGCGUCCGACAAGACGUAUAUUCGCAAAGAGCCCAAGGGUGUGGCGUUGAUCAUUGGCGCGUGGAAUUAUCCUGUUCAUUUGUUGCUUUUACCCGUGGUUGGUGCAAUCGCCGCAGGUAACUGCGCUGUUAUUAAGCCCUCAGAAGUGGCCGAACACACGAACGAGCUGAUGGAAAAGGCGUUGCCCAAGUAUCUCGACCCAUGUGCAUAUGCUGUAGUGAGUGCCGGUGUUGUAGAAACAACAGCAUUGUUAGAGCAGAGAUUCGAUCAUAUCUUUUACACUGGCAAUGGCGCUGUUGGAAGAAUUGUCAUGACGGCUGCUGCGAAGCAUCUUACCCCCGUCACUUUGGAACUAGGUGGUAAAUCGCCAGCCAUAGUCACCGAUACUGCCGAUAUUGAGCUGACCGCCCACCGUUUACUAUGGGGAAAGCUGUACAACACUGGUCAGACUUGCGUUGCACCUGACUAUGUGCUCGUCGCACAAGAGAAACAAGAAGCACUGAUUGCAGCUUUCCGCAAAACUGUCCAAGAGUUUUUUGGUAAAAACGCACAGGAAUCCGAUUCCUAUGGUCGUAUCAUCAAUCAGCGUCAAUUUGACCGUCUUCAGAGAAUUCUGGAUGGUAUUGCUAGUGACAAGAUUGUGGUCGGUGGUCAAACAGACAGAGAGAAUUUGUUUGUGGCCCCUACAAUUGUUAGUCCUGUGCAAGCGGAUGACCCCCAUCUCAUGCAGGAUGAAAUCUUUGGUCCUAUACUCCCAAUCAUUGCUGUAAAAGAUCUCAAAGAAGCGGUGGAUAUAGUCAACAGCAAGGACAAACCUUUGGCUAUGUACAUCUUUGCUGGCAAGAGCAGCGAUUACAACUACAUCAUGGACAAGACCAACUCUGGUGGUACACUCGUCAACGACACAUUGAUGCACUUGCAAGAAAUGUCUUUGCCAUUCGGUGGUAUUGGCCCAUCGGGCAUGGGAAGUUAUCAUGGUGAUCGCUCGUUUGACACAUUCACUCAUGAACGCUCUACGAUGAUCAAAUCCACUUCACUUGAAGCUGUCAACCAGGCAAGAUACCCGCCUUAUAGCGAUUCAAAAAAGCAGCUCAUGUCCGUCCUCGUGUUCGGUCUACCAUCUGCUGCAGGUGCAAAGAUCAAGGCUAUCACCACUGUCUUUGGUGCUGCUUGGGAUAUCUUUUUCUCUAGUAGCAAACAAAACAAUCAAGAUAGCAAACUGUAAGAGAGUGAAGAAGAAAUGUGACAUGAUUAUGAUGGUGAUAAAUCCUUUAGUAAAUAACCGAACCUCUUGUCGGCAUGAUUGUCCAACCCAACUCCUCCAGAUUUCUUUUUAAAUUUAUCUUCAUCUUAUAUCAUACUAUUAUCAUCAGUGGUAGCAGUGGCAGUGCUCUCAGUAGUAUUCUGAUUAGUAUGUAUAUUGUUUUUUCUAAUCAAUACCUCUAUAUGGCUUUUUAAUAUAAC